AUGGGGGCUGUUUUUGAUGAGGCCGACUAUUUGCCCAUGGAGUCUGCUGGUCUACAUUUUGUGAUGUUUUCCAAACAUCCAAACAACAGUGCAGCAGAUGUAAGCCAGGCAAACAUUAAGCAAGCCAUCACGGAGAUGCUUCUAUGUUCCCAUCCUGAUAAAGUUGCAAAACAUGUUGAUGACUACAGAGUCCACUAUGCAAGUCUUGCUGUAACAUCCCUCCUCAACCACAUGUCUGCCUGGAUAAAAACAACAAAUAUCAAUGCAAGCAGUGCCAACACAGGCGUUGAUGUACUGGAGAUGCCUCCUAUGUUGAUCACCAACUUUGAGCCAACAAAACCCAUAUGCUCCCUUCCAAGCCACUUUGAGAUGUUGGCAAGUUCACAGUUUGCAGCCGCUUCCAAGCCAUCUUCAAAGAAUCAUCGAAGGAAUCUGGAAAGAGCUAGAGAAUUGGCAGAGAAUGCAAGGUAUGCAGAGACCAUCUAUUGGGAAAGAGCCAACCCAGAUCCCGUGAGGCUUUGCAAGAGCAACUUGACAUACAUUCCCAAACCUGGUACCAGUGAUAUACCUGAUAUCAGUGAUACAGGAGCAUUCUUCUCGAGUUUCCCAGUUCCUGCUGUUCCUGAGCAAGAAAAGAUGGUGCGAGAAGUCAUCCGUCGUCUUAAGACAAACGACAAGAUGUUGUAUCAAAUUGAUCUAGACAAUCAGGAUCUGCAAGCACAUGACAAUCUCAGCAGGGUCGUAGAAGCAUGA